UCUUAAUAAAAGAUUUUAAAGAAAUGGAUCAAGAUUAGAAAGUAGAAGAAUUUGUGAUUAGGAAAUCAGAAUUUUUGGGAAAAGGGUAAUAUGGUGUUGUUUAUGGAUGCUAUUCAGAUUUACAUUAGGGAAGGAAAUUAUGUGCUAAGGUAUUGAUUAAAUAGAUGCAAUAGGUUCUCCAAGCUCAAGUAGAGAAAGGCUUGAUUGAUAGAGAGAUUAAUAUCUUGGAAUAAUUAAAUAAGGUGGACAAUCCUAAUCUAGUGAAGAUUUAUCGUGUAAUAAAAGAGGAAAGAUAAAUAUAUAUAAUAAUGGAGAGAUGUACAGGAGGAGACUUAAAAGUAUUAAUGGAUCAAUACUAAUCAUAAAAAAAACAAUUCAGUUUAGAUUAAAUCCAAGACAUUGCUCGAUAAAUAAUAUUGGGAUAUAAAUCUUUAUUCGAAAACAAAGUAAUUCAUAGAGAUAUUAAACCAGCUAAUAUAUUAAUAGAAAAUAAUGGGAAAGGACAAAUAAUAGUGAAAGUAUUAAACUAAUAAAUCUAUAUAUAGUUAACUGAUUUUGGUAUGGGUAGAAUAUUAGAGGAUAUAACUAAAAAGUAUAUAUUAACAAAGGUGGGUACACCAGCUUAUGCAGCACCUUAAUUAUAUUUAGAAGAUCAAUAUUCUUCAAAAUGUGAUGUCUAUUCUGUAAUCAAAUUAAUUAAUUAUAUAUCAAUAGUUGGGUGUAAUCCUAUAUCAAUUGGCAUUUUGUAAUCGACUACCAUUUACAGCCAAAACUAUUCCAGAAUUAACACACUUCUUAAGAAGUCUUAAAGAUAAACCUUUUUAAUGUCCAGAAUUAACAUAAGAAGGACCAUAACAAGUCAAAAAAGCUAUUUAAAAUUUAAUCAAUAAAAUGAUGUCAUAUAGUGAAGAAGCAAGACCAGGAUGGGAUGAUUUAUUGAAAUGUGAAUUAUGUAAAUUCUAUUUCAUUUAUUUUUUAGUUGAUACUUCUAAAUUAGCUAAUUUUGAAGAAUAAGCAGAAACUAAAUUAUUAGAUUCUAUCUUCUUAUAUCAAUAAUAAUCAGGGCAACAAUAGUACUUUAAUGAAGCUAAGUUUAGAGAUGUUUGUAAAUACAUUGAUAAAAAUAAAAUUACUAAAACAGAUAGAGUCAAUCAUUUAGUUUCUUUAUUUUUAGCAAAGGCAGAAUUAUCAUUCAAUCUUUAAUAAUCUCUUUUAGAAUAAUUGUAUCUAUCUAAUCUUAUUAUUAUUAUAGAAAAUCUUAAUUCCCUUAUUUCAAUGUUUACCAUUUUGAAUUAAUUUAAACUUGUAUCAUUGGAUAUCGUUACAAAAUACUAAUGAAUGCGUUUGGUUUUUGUUUUAAUUAUUUGGAUGGCAUUUGUGAAGAAAUGAGAAAAAUUUAUGAUAAUCAAGCUCUUAAAUAAACUCUUUUAGAAUAUUAAAAUGAUCACAGUGAAUGGACUGAAAAAACUAAAGAAAAUGUUAGUGAAUUUUUAAAUUAAUCAAAUUCAGCUUUUCUACAUGCUGAAAAUUAAAUUAUCAAAUUAAUGAAGUCAAAUAAUUAUCCUCAUAAUAUCUAAAAUUUCUAAAAAUUGUUAUCUAUUAUUGAAAAUACAGAAUUUAAAAUUUAUGGAAGAUGGUUUUAAUUCUUUUGGAAAUAAGAUUUAAGAAAACUUUUAGUUUAUGAUAAAACUAAAUAAUAUGAUAUUGGAUACCUAAAGUAUUUAAUAUUAAUAUUGUAGAAUGUUAUGUUUGAUUGAGAAGUUUUUGAAUGUUGAUUCAGAAUUUCCUUUUGAGAAAUAUAGCGAGUAGAAUCCAUAGCAAAUUCUAUUAAAAGAUGAUAUAACAAAAUAAUAAUUAGAAGCACUUGUGCAAUCAAGAAAGAACAUUUGAG